AUGUCAUUCCUCCCAAAAUCAGCCAAGAAUGUCACUCGAGCAGCCGUAGGCGCAAAGGAUUGGGUCAUAAAGAACCCCAAAACAACAGUUGGCGUCGUCGUCGCCCCCGCCGCAGCCGUCGUAGCCACGCCCGUGGUUCUCGGCGCAGUAGGCUUCGGUGCUGGAGGAGUGGCCGCCGGGUCCUUAGCGGCGGGCAUACAAGCAGGCAUCGGAAACGUCGCAGCAGGAAGUGUCUUCGCUGGUCUUACGAGCGCGGGCGCCGGAGGUGCGGCGCUGGCAGUUGUGCAGGGGGUUGCGGGUAGUAGCGCGGCGGCGGUCGCGGGAGGAACGGCAUAUGUUUUCAGAAAAAGUAAGAUCGAGGAUGAGGAUGUGAAGGAACAGGGAAAGUAG